CAGCAAUUUUUUGAUUCAUUCCAGCUGGUGCGUUGAACAGUCUCUCGGGCCCUACCGACUCAUCCGUAUAGUGGGGUGUUGUUUCUGCAAGCCAGUUAGGUACUGCACAAGCACCCGAGUACAGGUGAGAAUCAAGGGGCACAAGCGAUCGCUGACCCUUGAUGAGACUCUUCGAAAGAGGGCUUUCUCCAUGGUCUUUCUGGAAGGAAGCCUGUCGCCCGACUGAAGUGCUGUACUCGCGCUUGUGAAUUAUUUUGCUUUUUGGUCCAGCCCACCUUCCAUUCGCAUCUGUAUCGUCUCCUACACUUUCCUACGGCCUUUUGCUCGAAGCACAUCCAACCUUCCCCCCCGGCCAACCCAGGGGCGAGUGUUCCUGAUCUUCUACCAUCGUUUUUGCCUCAAUACAUUUUGUUCAUUCCUCAACUGCCAUGAGUGUACCUACUCCAAGCAAUGCGGCUUCCGUUCGGACUGCCUCUGGCAGCGCCGAUACAUGGGGCACAAAGGUCAGCGCGAGAAGUAGCAGAAGCUCUAGGGAAGAACAUAAUCAGCUGCAUGUCGAGUACAUACUGGUCGCCGAAUUCUCAAUCGAUAAGGGUCCGACAAUGGAGCAUCAAUACCCGAACGCUAUAAGCGGAGACGAGCACAUGUUGGCCGAGCUCAUGCUACCUGAUCAAGCUCAUGUUCGCUUUCAAGACUGGACCAUAUUCUUUCUACAUAAAGAUGCGGAACAGAGUGAAGAUCAAAUGGACCCUACAGGCCAUGCACCUCUGAUCUAUGUGCUCAAUUUGGUGAAUACGAAGCAUGACAAAGAGGCGAAACGGGGCGCAAAGGUAAAAGCCAUGGCUAUCUGCACACGCCACUCGUUCCUGCAUAUUUACAAGCCAAUUUUAUUGCUUGCGCUCGAAGAGUACUUCAAAUCUCCAACUCUUGAUACUCUGGCCGAGCUCUUUACUGCUGUAAAUAGUAUGGACCUUUCGCCGAUGCCGCGUUUGUCAAUAUUCGAACGUCAGGUCCUCGCUGCAAGUGAUAAGAAAGAAAUGUUUUCUGAGAAAUUUGACGAAAUGGCAAUGGCCUCGCCAAACGCCGUGGUUCACCAAAUGAGGUCGCCAUCGGCCGCUGGCAUGAUCACAGCUAGUGACCAGGAUGGUGAUUUAAGACCGACUACAUAUAUCGAUCUGGCACCUGGCAGGAACAAGAUUGUGAAUGGAAAAAUCACUAUUAAUCGAGAUAGCCAUGAGUUUGAAACGAAAGUUGUUUAUAACGGCAUACCUGUGCCUAUAAGGGUUCCGGUAGCUGUUUUACCAGAGACUGUCGGUGAUUUCUCGUUGAUACAACUCAUUACCACAUUUUCGAACCCUCAUUCCCAGAACCCCCAGCCGUUCGCGCUUCAUCCGCACCUCACAACGAAUGGCCCAUACACACAUCCCAUAAUGGUUCUGGUUAAUGGACUACUCACACAAAAGAGAAUUGUGUUUCUUAGCCAUGGCCGCCCUUCCGGAGAUGUUGCGGAUCAUGUGCUUGCCGCGUGUGCUUUGGCAUCGGGAGGAAUUCUAAGAGGAUUCACGCGUCAUGCUUUCCCUUAUACCGAUCUCUCCAAAGUCGAUGAAUUACUACUGGUUACUGGUUUUAUCGCUGGUGUCACGAAUCCAACGUUUGCCAAUCAUCCUGGUUGGUGGGAUAUUUUGUGCAAUAUUGAUACUGGCCGGGUGAAAAUUUCUCCAGAAAUUAAAAUGUCUGGGCAAUCUGACGGUGCUGCUGUCUUUGGAAGUAUGACCAACAUGACAGGAAAUGUUGAUACUGGCGACAAUCAAUUUAUGGACGAUAUUUUGCACUGCAUCUCGUCAAGGUUUGGCGAAAAGGCUGUAAGGGCUAGGUGGAGGGAUUGGGUCGUAAGAUUUACACGGAUGGCCGCUGCAUUUGAGGAGAUGGUUUACGGAGCCAGCGCCUUAUGGAUCGGUCAUGAAGAAAAUCAUGUCAUCCGUGGUCAUGGAUUUGUUUGGCCUGAUGAGCAGACCAAAAUUAGGGAUUUAACUGCCAACAUGGCCAGGAUCGAGGGGUGGCGAGGAAGUCGUAGUUACCAUGCGUACGCCCAGGAUGUUCAACAAUUCUAUAUGGCGAAGCCGAUUAAAAUUUUGGAUUUGCACCACCACAUGGAUCGCCUAAGAGCUCUGAGAAUGUCUCACGAAGACUCGGGGAAAAUAUAUACUGCGCUUAAAGAUUAUGUUAUCGAAUAUGAAGAGAUCAAUCAACUGCUUUGUGUGAUUCCUGAGAACCAGGGCGGACUCUUUCCUAUCGCAGUGGGUCUCUUCCAUCCGGUUCAGAAGGUUCGGUUUGCAGUGGUAGAACUCCUUGAGAGAAUUAGCACGCACAUGGCUGGCCGGCAUUUCUUUAGCUCUUUAAACAAAUUUCAGAAACUCGCCUUCAUCCGUUUACAACAGGAGAAGAUGAGUACGGUGGAAAGUCCAAAUACGGGUCUGACGAUGGCUGGGCUCGGCAUCGGAGGGGCUACGACCAAGUCAUGAUCAGAGUGGGAGAUUGGGCGAAUGAAUGUCUUUUCUUAGCUGCGAGUAAUGCAUUUACUAGGAUUUCAAUGGCUUUUUCUAUUAGAUAUCACGACCCGAAGAUUAUUUUAAAAUGAUAACGAAAUCAAUUUCUCUUUAA